AUGAGGGUGCCAUGUGAGGUGCAGAUUCUGGUUCUGGCCUCCUUCACAGUGCAAGCAAACUGCCUGGGCCUGAAGUUUUCCUUCGGCCAGCUCUUCGCAGCCCUCAAGUCGCAGACGGGUGAGUCUGCGGGGACCCUGGCCCUGAUCGGGUCCUCGCGCGACUUUGUCUUCCACCUCACGAACAUGCUUGCGGGCUUCACCGUGCGGAAGCUGGGCUACGUCCGGAUGAUGUCUGCGGGACUCCUGGCUUUGGUGGCCAGCCUUCUCCUGGACAGCAUCACCCCUGGGGCACGGUGGCUCUUCAUCUCCUACAGCCUCCUUUCGGGCAUUUCCCUGGCCCUGCUCGUCACCCCGGCAAUCGCCGUGCUCUAUGAGCACCUGAAGGGCAAUCAGCUGACGGUGGGCGUGCACCUGGCUUCUUCAGGCCUCGGUGUGGGCGGCUUGCUGGCAAAUUCCCUGAUGCACUACUCCCACAUGGAGUUCGGCUGGCGCGUCACCCAGAAGCUCACUGCAGCCACCUGCGGGGUGCUGCUUGCAUCCAGCCUUUUGGGAUUCUGGUGGGCGACGCGCGCCCCGAACACGAGCCGCGUGGUGGCCACGGCCGCGCCUCUGAAGAGGUCUCUGUCCUCAGCUCUGAAGGAGCAUGGCCAGGAUCUGGUUCGUCCAUUCGCAGAGAUCAACUUCGUCCUGCUUUGUGCGGCGUACUUCUUCUUUUUCUGCGGCUUCACUGUGCCCUACACUCACCUCGUGUUCUACGCGCGGGACGUGCAAGGCUACCAGGACGCACCCACCAUGAUGGCCAGAAUGGGAGCAGCGAGCAUGCUGGGAUCCCUCUCCUGCGGCUUCCUGCCGAGCUUCUGCCGCGCCUCCUCGGUCUUCAUGCUUGUCAUCGCCAUCCAAAGCGUGUCCAUGAUCUGCUUGCCCUACUGCCAUGAGCCAAUGGAGCUGGAAGCGUUUGCUCGGCUCUUUGGGACCUUCGCCGGCGUGCGCCUGGGCGUGCAAAGCCUCGUCUUGGCCGAGUUCUUCGGUGGCGACAGGCUGGCACAUCUCUAUGGCUUGGCAAACCUUCCCAUGAGCCUGGGCUCACUGAUGGGGCCCGCCGUCGUUGGGGCAAUCUACGACGCGAGCCGCAGCUAUACCCUGGCCUUCUGGGGCGCCGGGCUGCAGAUGCUGCUGGCCAUCCCGCUCCUCAUCCUGGUGCGGUGCCGAUCGUACGCGCGAGUUGCUGUGGCCGCGAAGUAG